AAACUGAAUCCCUCAAAAUAAAAAGUCAAAUCCGCUAGAGAUAAAUACUCUCUCGUGCAGUUUCACAGAUCCUAUUUCUCUAAAGCUUUUAUUUGUUUCUCCACUUUUGAACCGCCUGCUUAUUUUCCUGGAAAAUUUAUUUUCCUGGAAAAUACAUCAAAAUCCUAUCUUUUUCACUUUCUCCGAGAAAAUAAAGUUUUCAUCGAUCUUUCCAGUUUUAGUUCAAAGUUCAAACACACUGGAACAGAGAGUUAAACAGAGCCAAAGGGUGUUUCGAAUGCUAUCUGCUGAUGAUCUCAUGUUUAUGAAGAGAAGUUUCCAUUUUUCCCAGGAAAGUGAAGAGAUUUUGAGAGUAUUGGUUGAAGUUAAUGGCUGAAGAAGGUUGAUUCUCUCUGUAUCUGCUGAUCAAAUUAGUGUUUUUUUGACUGGUGCGUGAAGAUAUAGCUCUGGUGUAUUGACUUCUCUGUCUGCAAGAUUAACAAACCAUGAGAGCAGAUAAUGAUCAUGUGGUUGGAAACUCGGUAGAGAGCUGCAAAGAUGAGUCUAAGCCUCAUCAAUGUCCUGAAGAGAAGUGGGAAGAUGCAGAGCUAAAGAUCCAAGAAAAUGGGAAGAACGGUAGCAAUGUGCCCGAGUUGUUCUAUGAUACAAGAACCGGCGACGAAUGGGAUAAAGAGAAUGAUGGAAAAGAUUCUAAUGAGGCUGGAAAGAAUAAUAUAGAUGCUAAAAGUGGUUCUCCUGAGACAGUUGAUCCGGUGUUUUUUAUGGACAAGAACGUUACGGCCUGUGACUUGCCUGAGAUUGUGGUUUGUUACAACGAGAACACUUACUACCAUGUCGUGAAGGACAUAUGUGUUGAUGAAGGCGUGCCGGUCCAGGAGAAGUUCUUAUUCGGUGAGAAAGGCUCAGUGAAAUGCAGCUCAGACUCAAACCAGUGUGAGUCACAGGAUUUGAUGAAAGCAGAUAAAGGGAUAGAAACAACUAAGUCCUUAGAAGAAGACGGAAACGGUAAGGUUGAUGAUGAUUCUGAGCUUUGUAAUGAUCCUAAGACAAACCAAGAUGUUGAAGAAGCUUCAAGAGAAGACUUUGCUGAUGCUGAAGGUUCUUCUAGCAGUUGCAAUCAAGAUCAUUUGAUUGUGACAAGAGAGGCCAAGGACUCUCAUGGAAUUGAAGUGGCUACAUUGGAGACUAAUGUUCCAAAGGAAUCUAAAACUUUGGGAGACAUUCUGUCAUGGGAAGCAGAUGAACCAAAACCUCUUAACAACAUCAGUAGUGAUAAAUGUGAAGAACAAUCUCCACCUCAGCUUCAGGAGAAGGAAAAACAUGAGCCAAAAGAAGCAGAGGAGGAGAAGCUUUCCUCUGUUCCCACAACAAUCUCUCAAGAGCCAAACAAAACUUUCAACGACAAUCAGCAACCAAACUUGUUAGUGGGAGAUACUUUGGAAGACAACAAACUUAUCUCUAGCAGAUUUGGAGAGACGAGUUUCUCAGCAGCAGAAGCAGUUUCAAUCUCAGGUCAUAUAACGUACACAGGACCUAUUGCAUUCUCUGGAAGCCUCUCUGUUCGUUCUGAUGCAAGCACAACAAGUGGAAGAUCCUUUGCUUUCCCAGUAUUACAGUCAGAAUGGAACAGUAGUCCUGUAAGAAUGGCCAAACCAGAGAAGAGGAGACACAAAGGAUGGAGACAGAUUCUUCUUUGCUGUAGAUCCUCUUGAUCAACUAGUUCAAAAGCUUCUUUACUUUGAAGCACAGAGGAGGAAGGAGAUAUGAGAUUUUACAGUAUUUUUCUUUAAAAGGGAUGUUUUAUAUUUUAAAUGCUGAAGUAAAUAUUCUUUUUCUCUCUUUUGGGUGGUUUAUAGUUAUGACAUGGUGUGUGUAAUUGGCAUUUUGGUAGUAGUAGUAUUAACAGCUAGGGGCUUUUGAGAUUGGUUAAAGAUGCAACAUGGUCGGUGUUAUGUAACCGAUGAGUUUAUUAUUAUAACUUCAUUUUCAUUCUUGUA